AUGCCAGGAAAAAUUCCAUUAGACAAAGCCACUCUAACCACCCUCAUGAUUCCCACAUGUACCGGCGAACGGGACGUGUACCAAUUUAUAAAAGCAUGCGAUUUAGCAUGUUCACCCGUAGAAAAGGAAGACCUACCCAUACUUAUGAAAUUUAUUAAUACUAAACUAUUCGAUCAGGCUCUGAAUGUAUGUCGAUAUCGGGAUAUGAAUGAUUGGGAAGGUAUUAAAUUAAUUUUGUUUGCAUUCGAACCACAACAAUCGACAUCGUCAUUACAAGUGGCAUUAAAUUCCGUACGCAUGCGAAGUAACGAAGACGUACAUAUGCGCGACGUGUAG